AUGCAGAGCCUAUACAAGGCUGCUGGCCGAAUUCUCAUUUCCCUGGGGGCUCUCAGUGUAUUCUCUGGAGUUACUGCUUUCUUCCCUGUCUUUUCUUACAAGCUUUGGUUCACCGGAUGGAGUGUCUGGAUUGUUUGUCCCAUCUGGAAUGGAGCUUUGGCCAUCAUGACUGGUAUACUUCUGCUGUUGGCUCACAAAGAGUGGACCAAGAGAUACCUGUGGGAAACUAGUUUCACCUUUGUGAUUCUGAGCAUGAUGGGAUGUCCACUUCAUUUUGCAGUAGCCUUGGAAUCUGCUCUCCUUGGCCCAUAUUGCUUCUACUCGUUUUCAGGGAUAGCAGGGACCAAUUACCUUGGUUAUGCAGUUGCCGUUCCUUUUCCAUAUGCAAACUUCCCAUCAGCUUGUGUGGACCCACCACACUAUGAAGAGUACCACCUGACACUUAAGGUCUUCGACCUGUGCCUGAGCUUUGCCAUGCUCUGUGUGUCCCUGACAGUGUUCAUCAAGCUUUCUGCAGGACUUAUCUGGAAGAGACACUUACAUACUGAAGCUAAAGAGUUUAUGAAACUUGCCCAAGGUCACACAGUUAAUGAGCAGUAG